GCCUUGGGGUGAGGUCGCACCCGCUGGGUUCGCAGCGCGCCGCCAAUAGGAGCGGGCGUUGCUGGCCGGCGCCCCGCCGCGCCGCCAAUAGGAGCGGGCGUUGGUAGCCCGCGGCGCGGCGGGGGCCGGACGAUGUUCUCGCAGCAGGCGUUGCGCUGGAAGGCGCGCUUCGCCGCCCUCUACGCCGUGGGCACCUGGAGCCUUCUAGGCUGCGUCUUCUACUACUACUGGCGCGACCGCCCGGAGCAGCUGCCGCCCGGUGAAGAAAGAACACCUCCAAGGGAGACACCAGCAGAUGUCUUUUUCACAUCAACAAUAACAUAUAAACAGAAUGCUGUACAUCCUACAAGUGGACUGCAUGAUUAUGUGAAAUCCAUCUUUGCAACCAGUGAUGACCCUGGUCCAGAAGAGUAACUGAUUCUGGAAAUUAGGAAUUUGAUACGUAUGCAAGAGAAAUGACUUUCAUCACGAUGGCUUGCUUGGACAUGAAAAGUCUUUAGUUGAAGUGCAGGUUUCAUUCUAUUUCAGGUCCCCCCCCGCAAACAUACACACACUCUUUUCCUCCCUCUUCCCCCCCCCCCCCAUAUACCAAACAAACAAACCCCAGAAUAAUUUGCAAAGCCUAGUAAACCUUUUCAACUCUGUUAAAGGCAGCGUUUUCUCAAAAAUUCUUAAAGGGCUGAAAUAUUAAGUUACAAAUUAUUAAACUUCCUAUAAUU